UAGCAUCAUGGGCUCCCCUACUAUUGAGCAAACAUCCUUCUUCGUGAGGGCUAAAGCUCUUCGUCAAAUAUUGUCCAUGGGCGACAACGAUUGCUUACAUAAAAAUAAAAGCUUGACUUUCUUGAAUGUCUGGGUAAGGGGGUACCUAGAAAUGAUUAGACACAUUGUGAUACAUGAUCAGAGUAUCUUAAUCUAUCUAAAGUAAUUAGAUACUCUAUCCUACAAGUAAUAUUUAAUAAUGUCGUUUUCCAAGAAAACAGAUAUUUUUUUGCUGUCUUGUGUUAAAUUUCAUCAAAAUAUGUUCACGAUCACAGCAGACCGAAAAUUACUACAAUAUCACAAGAUAAUAUUGAGUAGGCUUUGUUUGCACUUAAAUAGGAACCGAUGUCAUACAUCUGGUAGGUAUGUCUUAAAAACACAAUAUCACUACCUUGAAAAAUAAUACAUCUGAAAUUGUAACAGACUAUCGAAAUCUGUAAUCUGCUUCUUUAUCUGGUUGAGAAUAAGAAUAAUAAUAAACGGCAUCAAUAAAAAUAAAUCGGUGACUCAUUCAUAGUAGUAGGUACACUAAACAAAUGGUAAAUAAUACAAUUAGAUUGACGUAUUUUUCAGACCAUAAUGACUCAUAUUGCAAGAUCUUACAAAGUGUUACGAAAUAUGCAAUUAACUCGUCGAGUACCGGUUUUGUAGACACAAUUAUAGAACAAUAGGUUGCGGUCACCGGUGACCGCUUGGUGUUUGACAGUUUAAGUGAAUGUGCGAGUGUUCUCUUCAUUUUUAACUCAAAAUAAAAACGUAGUAGCUAGCCAAUUUUAGGUAGAUUUUUUUUACCUGACUUGCCAGGAGGCUUGAAAAGACGAAAUCUUUAUACAUAUUCAUGACAUAAGUACUAAAUCUAUUUAGUAUAAUUAAACUAAGCGGCGUGGUUACUUAGAUCUAGAUAUGGAACAAAAUCACGAUCCUCCAGGUGUUCGGGUAUAUACGUUCGUAGGUAAAGAAAACUUUGUUGUGAACUCUAAUUUGAAUUUGGAUGAUGACGACAAAAAGAAAAGAGUUUAUAACAGUUGGUGGGAAAAAUUUUGUUUGCGAUGUCAUCAAGAAGACUCCACACCAUCUUGGCAACCAUCAUGGUGGUCCAAAUUCUUCCCAUUCCCAUUAUUUUCUACUUACAGACAGACCGCGCAACAAAUAUGCAUUAUAAUGUUCUUUUUACUCACAUGGGGCGUACUAUAUUCAGAGAUUGGAGAAUCAGUAGGUUUACAAGGCGAACUAUUUAGCAUGUCAGUACUAGUCAUUUCUGCGUACUUAAUAGGUUGGAUAUGGCUAAAAGUAACUACAUUGCCAGCACUUAUAGGCAUGCUUCUAACUGGGAUAGCAUUCCAAAACCUUCAAUUGGUCCACAUGACGGACUCUUAUAGAAAAUUAAAUCAAGAUCUAAGAAAAAUAGCACUGGUGAUUAUCCUAACACGAGCUGGUCUUGGUCUGAACGCAGGUGUUUUAAGGAAACACUACGCUGCUGUUCUACAACUGGGUCUUUUACCAUGGCUGGUUGAAUGUGUGGCUAUUGCAAUCAGCUCACAUUAUCUCUUAUAUUUACCUUGGAUAUGGGGUUUUCUUCUAGGAUCAAUGAUAGCUUCAGUAUCACCAGCAGUAGUAGUUCCCUGUCUAUUUAGGUUACGUGACGUAGGAUAUGGAGUCGCUAAAGGUAUUCCAACAAUCGUAGUUGCCGCAGCUGCGGUAGACGACUCCAUUAGCGUUGCAAUCUUCGCCAUCAUUCUAAACGCAAUGUUCUCAACUGGAUCUGCUACUUUCAAUAUUAUAAAGGGUCCACUAUCCAUUGUUGCCGGUGUUGUUCUCGGAUCACUUUGGGGAGCUCUGCUCUCAGUUAUGCCUGAAAGAGGCGACUCUUAUGUAGUACCUUUAAGAUUCUUGGGCCUAUUUCUCGGAGGCCUAUUCUCUCUGUUCAUAUCGAGUAUGAUUGGGUGGAGUGGUGCAGGCCCUCUUGCUAUCGUAUCUUCAGGAUUUGUAGCCGCAUAUUUCUGGGAAAAGCAAGGCUGGGUCGUAAACAAAAACCCAGUCAGCAAUGUAUUUAGAAUCCUGUGGAUAUUCUUCGAGCCUAUAUUAUUUGCGUUUACAGGAGCUCAGGUUACGAUUAGCGCUUUAGAUCCACAAGUUAUAAAAAUGGCCACUAUAUGCCUUCUUGGCUGCUUAGUUAUUCGUGCAAUUGCAACAUUUUUCGUAAGCUUUGGAUGUGGCCUUAAUAGCAAAGAGAAAAUAUUCAUCGGUCUCACAUGGACAGCCAAAGCUACUGUACAGGCAGCGUUAGGACCAGCUGCCUUAGACUUGGUGAAUAGUGGCCAAACAUCAGGAGUUGCUAAAGCAGAUGAAGAAUACUAUGCAAAGGCUAUUUUAGCCGUCAGUGUUCUAAGUGUAAUGAUAUCGGCUCCUCUAGGCGCAUUACUUAUUGCUGUAGCUGGUCCCAAACUGCUCUCCAAAGACGACCCUGAUGAGACUCCAGAACAAAACACAGAAAAUCAACAAGCGACUCAAAUAUGACGAUAGUCGGUUCUACUUAUUAGAAUGUAAUAAUGUCCUUAAGUGCCUGUUACAAUAUUUUGUACACAUUUUGUGCUGUAAAUCAGCACUCUAAAUUAAAUUACUUAAAAUGCCUUCGUGCUCUUGUACUUUACAUACAUUUACAUAAAAAAGAACCGCCGUCGAGAGUAUACCUCAUAGUACAUAAGUUAUAUUGUAAUUUAUAAAUUACAUAUAUUGAAUCUAUACCAGUGAUAGUACAUCCAACUAAGUACUUAAUCGAAUAUUUUUAAUAAUUUUUAUUUUUAGUAUUGUUAACUAGUUUUUGACAUAAAUGUUACAUUUCAUCGAGUCAGUCAAUGUGCCUUUUAGAUUUAAAAUAC